AGGUGAUGUCCAUAACACUUGUCACGCAACGUUCGCGCGCUCAAAACCGGUUCUCCAAAGUGGUGCUAACGGUUGACGGGCUGACGGUUGAGCGAUUAUUUGUUUUGCUUAGCUAUCUCUCACCCGGCCUGGUCGCGCGAAACCUUUGCUUGCCCUCCGCCGGUCCAAAGGGCAGCAAGACGAUCAGUUUUUCGGUGUUGUUUACGUGGUCAUCGCUGUCGUUUUUUGGCUGUUACCCAGCAUUGAGUGCACUGUGCGUUGUGUUCCGGAAGCGAAAAUGCAUACGAAGGAGGACGACCAGUACGUGCUGUACGGUGGACCCGACCCAACUGACCUGGACCGGUACGGUUCGCUGGGGGAGGUGAUCGUUGAGGAGCUGAAGCUGCGCCCGUCCAACAUUGGUUUGAUUGAUCCGGUUACGCUGGAGGAGCUUAGCUACAGUCAAAUAUUGGACCGAUCGGCACGGCUAGCGCUGGGUCUGUCGAAGCUGGGUAUCAAGCGCACGGACAAUGUAGCCAUCUUCAGCCAGAACAGUCUGGAGUACUGCAUCACGAUGUUUGGCAGUAUUUUCGUCGGUGCACCGCUGGCAUUGCUUAAUCCGGCAUAUGUGGAAGGGGAACUAAAGCACGCGAUUGGACUGGCGAACCCGAAGCUUAUCUUUAUUUCGCCCGAUGUACUGGACAAAUUGAUGCAGACGCUGCGCGGGACGGAUGGCCCAAAGCCACGCGUGGUGCUCUGUGGGGUGCAUCCGACAGCCGACCGAUACCCGGAACUGAUCCCCUUCGACCGGCUGCUCGACGGUGCACCGAUCGACCUGGUCCGCUACCGGCCGGAGCCUGUGGAUAAGGCUGGACAGGUGGCGCUCAUUGUGCUAUCGUCCGGUACGACCGGUUUGCCAAAGGGCGUCGAGUUGACGCAUCAGAGCAUCAUCGCUACGAUUGCACACUCGAAAGAAUCGGCCAAACUGCUGGAACUGCCCGAACAGUUGGUAGCGCUUGCCGUAACGCCCCUGUUCCAUGUGGUGGCCGGUGUCGGUUUGCUCAACAUGGUCACCAACAACUGCCGGUGUGUGGUGAUGCCCCGGUUCGAUCCACACCUGUUUCUUAGCAGUAUCGAGAAGUAUCGCGUGAACCUUAUGACGCUCGUCCCACCGUUAAUGGUGUUUCUCGCGAAACAUCCCAUGGUAGAUAACUACGAUCUUUCCUCACUGAUGACACUGUUCUGUGGGGCGGCUCCACUCAGCAAGGAGAUCGAGGAUCAGGUGCGCGAACGGCUCGGUGUUGCGUUUAUACGGCAGGGUUAUGGCAUGAGCGAAACCACGCUUGGAGUGUUAAUGCAGGACGGGUACGAGAAUAAGGCCGGAAGUGUGGGCAAAGUGCGCAUGGGUCAGUGGGUGAAGGUGAUCGAUCCGGAGACGGGCCGUGCGCUGGGACCGAACCAGCGCGGCGAGCUCUGCUUUAAGGGUUCGCUCAUAAUGAAGGGAUACGUGGGCAAGGAGCAAGCGAUCGAUGCCGACGGGUGGCUGCACACGGGUGACAUCGCGUACUACGAUGACGAUCAGGUGUUCUUCAUAGUGGAUCGCAUCAAGGAGCUGAUCAAGUACAAGGGAUUCCAGGUACCGCCGGCCGAGCUGGAGGCUAUACUGCUGGAACAUCCGAAGAUAAGUGAUGUGGCUGUGAUCGGUGUGCCGGAUGAACGGGUCGGCGAGCUUCCGCUUGCGUUCGUCGUGAAGGAGUACGGUGAGCAGCUGACGGAGCAGGAGGUGAAGGAUUUUGUCGCCGGUAAAGUGUCCGAGCAGAAACGGCUGUACGGUGGGGUUCGGUUUAUCGAUCAAAUUCCAAAGACUGCGAGCGGUAAGAUAUUGCGCCGGGAGUUGCGAGAUCUGGUGAAGAAUACCAAAUCGAAGCUGUAGUGGACGGACGUAGCCUUAACCGAUCUAGUCGUGACGGGUAUGGUGUUUUGUACAUUUUUUGGGUGGAUAAAAUAAAGAAUUAAGGGGAAAGAAUUUGAUGACUACUGUGGUCUCUGCGGCAUCCAC